CGCCCCCGCCGCCGGACAGCUGUGGCGGACGCAGCGUUUCCCGGCCCUUCCAGACGCUGUCGCUGGCGGGAGCGCGCGUGCAAGGAACUGAAUUCAACCGAUCCUGGAUGAAUUUGGAAGCAGCUUCUACCCCAGAGUCUCCAGAUAAAAGUCCACCCAGACUACACCUUGAUUUCCUCCUGGGGCCGACAGAGGAAAUAAAUGUUUCAAUAAUGCUGCAGUGAAUUAUGAUAUUGUAGAUAAAUCUAUGUUCCCGUUUUGGUCUUUCUUUAGAUUAAGUUAUUUGAAGAGGACUUGCUAGGACAAAGGUUUUUCAGAUAUGAUCCAGACCUGUACGUGAAUUACUUUGGUUAGUCAGAGUGAACAUCCGAUAAUGAGUGGUGCAGCUUUGGGACUCGAGAUUGUUUUUGUCUUUUUUUUGGCAUUAUUUUUACUUCACCGAUAUGGAGACUUUAAGAAACAGCAUAGACUUGUAAUUAUUGGAACACUGCUAGCUUGGUAUCUCUGCUUUCUUAUUGUCUUCAUACUGCCUCUGGAUGUUAGCACGACAAUAUACAACCGGUGUAAGCAUGCUGCUGCAAACUCAAGCCCCGCUGACAACAACAUUACAGGAGUGUAUGCAACUGCUACUCCAGCUCCAAGGUACUUUCUUUUAAUACGCCAACAUUCUUGUUUCAAACCAUGGAGUUACAUUCCUGAUGGAAUCAUGCCAAUUUUCUGGAGGGUAGUAUAUUGGACAUCACAAUUUUUAACUUGGAUUCUUUUACCUUUUAUGCAAUCAUAUGCAAGAUCAGGAGGAUUUUCCAUUACCGGAAAGAUCAAAACUGCACUGAUUGAGAAUGCAAUCUACUAUGGUACCUAUUUGCUGAUUUUUGGAGCAUUUUUAAUUUAUGUAGCUGUGAACCCACGUUUGCACUUAGAAUGGAAUCAGCUUCAGACAAUUGGUAUAGCUGCUGCAAAUACAUGGGGUCUGUUUCUUCUUGUGCUGUUGUUGGGGUAUGGCUUAGUAGAGAUUCCUCGGUCAUACUGGAAUGGAGCAAAAAGAGGUUAUCUACUUAUGAAAACUUAUUUUAAGGCAGCCAAACUGAUAACAGAGAAAGCAGAUGCAGAGGAGACUUUAGAAGAUGUCAUGGAGGAGGUUCGUAAAGUGAAUGAAAAUAUCAAGUAUAACCACCCACUGAGAAAAUGUGUUGACACAAUACUUAAAAAGUGCCCUACAGAGUAUCAGGAAAAAAUGGGUAGGAACAUGGAUGAUUAUGAAGAUUUUGAUGAAAAGCAUACUACUUACCCAAGUGAAAAAAGUCUAGUAAAACUCCAUAAACAGGUGAUUUAUGCAGUUCAGAGGCACCGUCGAACUCAAGUACAAUGGCAAGUUCUUUUGGAACAAGCAUUUUAUCUAGAAGAUGUAGCAAAAAAUGAAACUAGUGCUACUCAUCAGUUUGUCCACACCUUUCAAUCACCAGAACCAGAUAAUAGAUUUACCCAGUAUUUUUAUAAUCCUACAGUUGAGUGGUACUGGGAAUGUCUUUUGCGACCAUGGUUUUAUAGGAUACUUGCUGUGGUGUUGUCCAUCUUCUCUGUGAUUGUUGUGUGGUCAGAGUGCACUUUCUUUAGCACUACACCUGUCUUAUCCCUCUUUGCAGUCUUUAUACAGCUGGCUGAAAAAACGUACAAUUAUAUUUAUAUCGAGAUUGCUUGCUUCCUUUCCAUCUUCUUCCUGAGUAUCUGUGUUUAUUCUACUGUGUUCAGGAUUCGUGUAUUUAACUAUUAUUACUUGGCUUCACAUCACCAGACUGAUGCUUACAGCCUUCUUUUCAGUGGCAUGUUAUUUUGCCGUUUGACUCCUCCUUUAUGUCUCAAUUUCUUGGGUUUGACCCAUAUGGAUUCAUCUAUCUCUCACCAAAAUACACAACCGACUGCUUAUACAUCUAUUAUGGGUUCCAUGAAAGUUUUAUCCUUUAUUGCAGAUGGAUUCUAUAUAUAUUAUCCUAUGUUGGUGGUAAUCCUCUGUAUUGCCACUUAUUUUAGUUUGGGAACUCGAUGUUUGAAUCUACUUGGUUUCCAACAGUUCAUGGGAGAUGAUGAUAUGACAUCAGAUUUAGUUGAUGAAGGAAAAGAAUUAAUCAGACAAGAAAAGAGAAAAAGGCAAAGGCAAGAAGAAGGUGAAAAUCGAAGAAGAGAAUGGAAGGAACGUUAUGGACAUAAUAGAGAGGAUUCCACUAGAAACAGAAAUGUUCAUAGUGACCCAAAAGAGUUAAACUUCUCAGACAUUAGUACCAACCGCUCAGCAUCCAAAUAUACCAGAGCUAAUAACAGGACUGAAAGGGACCGUAUAGAACUUCUCCAAGAUGCAGAACCUUUGGAUUUUAAUGCAGAAACAUUCACUGAUGAUCCUCUUGAAUCUGAAUCAGGAAGAUCAUUUCUUUAUCCACCUUUCAGAUAUCAACCUGGUGGACGAUACCUUUCAAUGUCUCGCAGCAGAAUAUUUGAUGAUGUUUAAAUUUGGAAAGAAUUUAUGGAACAGCUAACCAACACCCAAUAUAUCAGUUCAGUGAUUAAGAACAUUUCUGUGCCCAAUGAAAAGUGUUAGGCUAAAAACAACACUGAAAAUUAAUCACAUCUUAGUAGUAAUAGUUUAUUGUUCAUUGGAAAGAAUACUAUCUUUUCUAAUAGGAUUUAUUACAUAUCAAUCCUGAAGUGUCUGCCUUAGAAGUCCAGUUACAGUAGAAGGAUUUAAUUCAUGACAAAGAAUUCAUGCUAAAAAUCAGUAUAUGUUGAGAACAUAUAGUUGCUUGUUUCAGAUUUUUUUUUUUUUUUCAGGAAAGUUGCUUUAAAGGUUCAAGGAAAGCCAUAGUCAUAACUGGAAAAUAUUAUACAAUUUAUUGCUUACAUUCAUUAUUCAUGCGUUAUUUAUGAUUUACAUUUUAGUUGUUUCUAAAGAAAAUUUUAAUAUUUCCAAAGAGAUGGAGACCUCAAAUAACCAUAUUUACAAAACCCAUGUCUUAAAACAAGGCUUACUUAGCAGACACAACUGAAUGUAGAAAGCGCUUUUUCAACAUUGUAUGCAAAUUAGUUUUUGCCUGCAUAAUUAAGGUUAUAUCUCUACUGAUAGUACUAGGAUCUUUAUACUAUAAUCAGGUGAUAUAUUAUUCUUUCAGUCUUUAGUAGUAACUAGGAGUUGUUUUGUGCUUUUGGUACUGCUUUGUAAAGGAUUUUCAUUUUAGAGUGAAAUGUUUAUCUUUACUGUGUUUAUGUGUUGAUCAUUCCAUUCAAGGUGAACCCUAAGCAUUAAUAUUAAAUAGUAAAAUUUUUGUUAAUAUCUGAAGGGUCCCACAAAAUUAUCUAAUUUUUAAAGGUGCUUGUUUAUGCUUUUCGAAAAAGAACAUUUGGUUAUUCAAAGGUAAAAAGCUAAUCCAUUUACUGUUACUGCUAGUACUUUAAAAUUGUGGUUUAUAGAAAGCAAAAUGAUACUAGAUUGGCUAUAUAUAAAAACUUGUUGGUUAAAAUUGACUUUUUAACCUUUGUAUUUGAACCGAAGGUGGUAUAUUCUAAAGCAUCAGUGUUUUAUUGCAUAAGUGAAUAUGCUUGAGUACAACGUGCUUGCAAAUUAUUUUUUGUCCCUGAAAUGUUUGUAGCUUGCAGAAUCCAUGCUGUGGAGUCACCUAAUGCUGACUAUACCAGUCUAAGUUUAACACCUUUUUCCUGCAUAAUUUUUAAUAGCACUCACUUUCAUUCUUAGGUGUCUAUUUAAGAUGAGUUAUAGAAUGUACCUGACAAUAUGACUAUGUUUCUUGAAGAUAAUCUUUCCUCCGAAUCAUAAUUUAAAUUUUUUUCCCUCUUAAGUGUUAUCAUGUAAAUUUUUUAAAGACAGUUUUAUGCAGGUACUGAAAGAAUAGUGUAUCAUCCUAAUUAUCUGAUUUUCUUCACUUUUUAUAACUUUAAGAUUGGCUCUCCUUUAAAAGGUUGUUAAUGGAUAGAUUUUACUCACAGUCAAAGGUCAUAUAGAGUGCCCAUUUGAGAGCAAACACAUAUGUGCAGUCUUUUAUUGGGAGUUGUGGUUAGAGAAUAGGCCAGGAACAGAGAUAAUUACUUAUUUUUGGUAAUUUCAUGAUUGACUCUUUGAAUACCUUAGGCAAAUCUUGUAACCUUUCAGUGCCUCAAUUCUUCAUUUGUGAAAUGAAGAUGAUGCUUUUAUUUACUUACUGAUCUACCUCACAAAGCUAUUGUGAGGGUAUUGAGUUUAUAUACUGAAAUUUAAAAGGUAUUGGAUGGGGAAAUGAUUGCCUCAGAAUGGGAUCUGGUUUUUUACUACUAUAGUGAAGCUUGCAAGUCCCCAAAGCAAAAACUCUUUUUGGAAUAAUUCAUCAAAAGGCCUGUGAAAAAGUGUUGUUUUUUUACUUAGUCUUCAGGUUUGCUUUAGAAUAUUUUCCUUAAGUAUAAUGUUGUUUCUCAUCAAGUUUUGUCAUGAAACUCAGAUGCUAUUGUUGAUAGAAGCAGAGAAGGAAGAAAUUAUCCAAUUAAUUUUAUAACUUUUAUAAUGCCUUCAGAUAAAUUGAUAGAAAUGUAUAAGAGAAUGUACUAUUUUCUUUUAUUAUUAAUUUUUUAUGAUUAUAGUAAUUGAUGUAUAUAUAAUAAUUCACAAAGAGUAUAAAUCCAUUUGUGACUUUUGAGGUAUUUCCAAAAUAAUUUUUGGUUAUUUAAGUUAUCUGAAGUAUUCAACUUUUUAAGCAGAGUAUGUCUUACGGAAUUUUUUAUAAAAUCCAAUAUUUGAGUUCAGAAGUAACAAUUUAAUCCCUAAAUAUGUAGAGUUUAUUGCUGGGGAACUGAGGUAAUAUUGAUGAAGUCACUUGUGUCAAAAAACUGUAGUCUGAGGAAAGAUUUCUGUGUUGAGAAACUUAUUAAAAUGUAAUCAUAUCUACUACAGAACACUACUACUAAAUUCAUAUAUUUCACAUGCAGAACACAUUUCUUGAAGAGUUAAUUCUGACAAUUACCUUUUGAUGUCUUUCUUACAUAAUAAUAGAUAUCUGAUCAAAUUUUCUAAAUUAUUUUUCUAAAUAUUUGUUAGGUAAAUCUAUUCAGUGAGCCAGAAAUUCAAGAUGUAGUAAUUUACAGCAGAAAGUGAUAAAAAUAUGUUAAUUUGUGAAGCACCUAUACGUUACUAAUUAACUUUUCUUUCUGCAUCAAUAAUUUGUUAUAAUCUGUAGUACAUUUUUGUAAAAAAAAAAAAAAAUUACAGUAAGAAAUAAGGUAUAAGGCUAACUAUUAGAAUUUGCUCCCUUAAAAAAAAUGAUACAGGGCUUUGGAAUAAUUUUUUCAUUUUCAAGAAUGAUAAGAAGUAAACCAAAACAUUUAAGAGUUUUCCACUUAUCGAAGAAUCGAUCAGAGAACCUGACAGUCCAAAUCUCCCCACCUCAAAAGAGCUGGCAAUUGAUUUGAUUAGAUAAUCAGUCCUAAAACAUAUGCUGGUUCUGUAUCCAAAUGAAAUUAAAUACAGAUCGGAAAGGCAGUGUGCUUUUUCUUAAGUAUAUUUUAGCAUAUUAAGGAAGGAAUUUCAUUUCUGUACAAUAAAAAAACCUCAUUUUUUUAUACCUCUAAUAGAUUUAGGGGAUGUUCUUGAUGAUAUGCUACUUACCAUUUUAAAGAAAAACUGUGCUCUCCAUAAUUAUAAUUUACACUGGUCACUAAUACGAGUUUUGUACUUGUGAUUUGAGUGGACCAUGCCUGAAAAUUACAAGGAUAUGUAUAUUUGCAUUAAGAGGAAAAUAUGUCCCUGAAAAAUCUUAACUUACUUGAAUCUCCAAAGUAUAAUGAAUCAUAUACUGUAUUAAAUUCUAAAUGUUAAGAAGUAAAUGGAUUUAGAAUUUUAUCUUUGUUUUUUUUCUCCUUUCACACCUUCCUUCUUUUCUGAGGUCUCUAUUGUGUGAUUUUCAAUGUACUGACAGAUUUUCCUUCUACUUGUUUUGUCUACAGUUAUUUUUGAGCAUCAGUACACUAAAAAGGAGCUAGGUCUGGCUAUAAAUCCUACUACUUGAAUAGCAAUAUUGCAACACUAACAUACUGAAACAGAUUUUGGUAGAGAACUGAACAAUAUCUGCAUGUAAAUGUGAUGUAUGCUGACCUACUGUGUUGUGUUGUAAGUUGUUCAGGAGGGCAGUUCAGUUAAUGAGUUACUCUCAAAUGUAAUGUUUGGCAUAAAAAUAGACUUCCAAAAGCAGAACAUUAAGAACCUUGAGAACACUUUUUGUGAAAAUAAAUUCACAAAUUACGUACAUCAUGGUCAAUGUUUUCAUUAGGAGAGGUUGAAACAAUAUUAAGGGGGCCACAGCAGGCCUAAAAUACCAGUUCCUUCUGUUUGGGUACUAAAAUACCAGUUCCUUCGGUACAGAGACUCUUUUUGCUCAAAGACCUAGAAAACCAGGCAGUGGUUAGCCUCUGGCCAACUUCUGGAGGCUCUGUGAGCUCUUUCCCAGCAGAGCGGGCACCAGCCCCUCUGUCCAUCCUCAAUCCCACCACAAUGGGAACAUGGCCUCACCGUGCUCAGCCUGGUUUUCCUGAAAUUUCACUUCCAUUUUCAAAAGAAAUUUGUCCAUUGAGGUUGAUCAAAGCCUUGGUAUAAUUUUAAAUUUGUUAAAGCAAGAAUAUUGGUAUGUUCCUCUUCUCAUUUGCUAUCCCAAAAUAAUUUGUUUUUAGCACACUCUGUGGGGAAAUUAAUUUUUUUCCUCAGAAAAUCUUUCAUGGUUAAUUUUAUCUCAAAUCAUUUUGCAAAAAGUUACUGUAUUCAGUACAAAUGAGUAGAAAGAAUGGUUUACUAUGGCAGACAUAUGUAGGGUAAAGUCAUAAUUUGUUAAUCUUACUAUACAGCACCAUUUUGAGUUGCUAUUAUUGACAUAAAUCUUAGCUGAUCACUGAGAGCUGUAUUUCUCAAAAGAAUACUUGCUAGCAUCUUCCCUAUUUAGUAUACCAAGUUGUAGGGGAGAGACUGUAUUUAUUUUUUUUUUAAGUAAUCCAAUGGAUUUGGGUUUGUUCAUAUUUUGAAAACAACUUGAAGGAUUUUUCUCAUUUUAGAAGGUAGAGAAUAUGUGGAUCUGUGUUUUAAAUUGCAGUAAUCUCAUAUAUAUUUAUAAAUUAUAGCAUUGAAAAAUGAACUCUAAUGUUGAUAUUGUUACUUUCUGGUAUUUAAUUUUUAUAAAAUGUUUUUUGUAAGUUACUGACUGUAGUAUUGCAUUUAACCAGUUUUAUGAUCUUUUUCAAAUAAGUUCUGCCCAGGGCAAUAUUCUAAAGUUCUGAAAUCCAGUGUGAAUUUGAAAUGCACUUACAACUCUUCAGUAUCUCCUUAUAUAUACCAGUACCCAAAGUAUACCAAAAACCUAAUUUCUGUGUUGCAUUAAUAAAGUACUUGUUAUUUAUCUAAUUCAGUGGAUUAGGUGAAAUAGAAGAUAAGUUUUCAAAUGUGCAUCUCAUCUUAAUUUUUCAAAAUAUUAAUAAUGUUCAUUUUUGGUGCAUGAUGCCAAAUUUAUCUUUAAUCAGUCAUUACUACCUGAUGUGUAGCAACAAAUGUUUCCUAUCUGACCUGACCAAUGGGUUGCAGAUUUAAUUAUUUUUCUCUUCAGAUUCUCACUACAUUUUAAAAUAUGUAUAUGAAAAAAGCUGCAAAGUGUUACCAUUAAGUGAGUUAGCGUCUUUGGCCUUAUCUGUGCAUAAUGUUUCUCAAUUUGGUUUGACAAACUCAUGGACUUGCAAUUGCUUUGUAGUUUUUUAACUUAUUGUGAUGUAAUAAAUUUUCAAAAUGUUUAUUUGAUUAGUUGUUAAAAUAUGGGAAAUGAUGUAGCUUUGCAUGAAAUAAAGUACAUUUCU